UUCGACUUCAAGCAGUUUUGCGCAAACCGAUCGUCGGCUGACUUGAAGCAGUGCAUGCCGGUUAGAAAUUUUGUCCGACUUGAUACAGCGCUGACGCCACGUGACUGUGACGUGUGCCGUCAAAGUACCACGAGAGCGAUUCGAGAGUAGCCGGAGAACUUAGCCAGCGCAGCUUCUGAAGAGCGGCUGCACAGAUUCUGAUGACGACACAACUGAUCCACGAUUGGCUGGAUUCACUGAUGACACAGAUGACGUGCGUUUCAAGUUUAUUGCGAGUCGGCUUCAGUUUCAGAAAUUCUAAUAUGGACUUUUAAAACAGUUCAAUACGUUUUUAUGUCGUCUUCAUCUUAUAAAUCAUAUUUAUUAAAUAUUGUUUUACUGUAUUUACUUUAUUGUUAAUAUAAAGUUUGUGUAUGUUUAUUUUGCAUGACUUUCUUUUUUAUACAGACCUUUUACAGUAUUCAGCAGCAUAACCUAUUCAAAUGAGCAUUUUUAAGAACUAAAAUGUUAAUCUUAAAAGCAUACAAUCUAAUGUGGUCAUAAAUGUAUGCUCCUAUACAAAUGAUACAUAAUACAUUAUGUUCCUCCAUUUGUUUGGUUUCUUCAUAUUCUUUAGUUUAUUUUGCUGUGUUUAUAGCCUACUUCACCUGCAUGUGGUUAGCAAACUGCUAACAACUUGCUGUAACUUCAACUUAACAACAUUCAAGACCCUUCCAAAACACCACUUAUACACACAUUAAACGCGAUCAAGUAAGCAAUCGCCACGUGAUCUGCCAUGACUGACGUAAUUGCAGCAAACUACGGGAGCCACAACGUGUCCGGCUUCAUAUCUCCGUUUUCAGCUCCUCCCCACCUGCACGCGGCUACUCUCGCCGAUCGGUUGCAUCCAGCCGCAGCCGAUGUCGAACACACCUACAGACUGUUCUGUUCACCGGCUGAUCUUGUAUUUUCAUCUUAAAAUUGGAUGUCUUUUUAUACAGCAUUCUAUCGAUAAUUCAUUGAUUUGAUAAAGGCUUUCUUUUAUAAGAAAGUCAUUUUAUGUUUUAUAUGUGUUUUCCGUCGUUUUUCAGUUUUUAGAUGAAAAAGACCUGUCAGUCAGCGUGUGUGGAAAUAUGGGAGGUGGAAAUGUCUUCAGUUAGUUACAUCAUGUAACUUUUCCAAGAAAGUCAUAUUCAUUUAUAGCAAUACGACACUAAGGAUUUUAUUCUGCCCAGAAGAGUAAGACAUAUUUGGUCUGGAGUGACUCUGGUUUGCAGUCAUCAUGUUAGGACUCUCAGUGAUGAGGAGACUUCUGAUCUCUGGAGGGAUGAGGGGGCUCCCUCUCCAGCAGCUGCUCUCUGAAGAGACCCUCAGACACCUGCGGACCUCUCCUCACAACACCAGACACAUCUCGACGGUGUCACUGUGGCCGUUCUCAUCUCAGCCAAGAGACUUCAGCCAGCCCAACUCCUCAUGGAGUCCAGAGAUGCACAAGGUUUACGACCACUAUAAUGCUCUGUGUGACACUGACAUUGAAAAUGGUGAGGAAAAAAGGGGGCCGUGGAGGAAGUUGCCCAGCUACAACCGUUCCAUUAAAUAUGCUACUGGUGGCAUUCACCUCAGCAAAUUGAUCCAGGCCAAAGCUCGACUUUUCACGAGAAACGUUAAAGAGCAAGGCGCCACGUUUGAGUAUGUGGUGUUUGUCAAUAAGGAGGAGAAGAGAUGUGUUUGUGUCUUUCAGGCAGGACGUUUACUAGAAGGUGCACCUGGGCAUGUACACGGUGGAGCCAUAGCCACCAUGAUUGACACAGUGACUGGUACUCUUGCCGGUUUCCUCUCAGGACCAGUUAUGACUGCCAAUCUCAACAUAGACUACCGCAAUCCAAUGCCUCUGGGUAGUGUGGUUUUAAUCCACAGUGCUCUGGAUCGAAUAGAGGGGAGGAAAACAUACAUCACUUGCAAAGUGACCAGCACUGAUGAGUCCAAACUCUACACGGAAUCCACAGCUCUAUUUGUUUCAAUAAGUGUCGGCCAUUUAUUUGGAUCACGAAACUGAAAGCUGUCUGGAAUCCACCACAGAGACAUGUUCAUCAUCUGUACUAACAUGAAGGAGAUUGGAGAUGCAGUGUGUGCCCAAUGAACAAAAGAUCAAGUUCUCAUGUAUUUGAGUGAUGCAUUCAGUUACAUAUGGCUGCCUCGUAUUUUAUUUUUAAAAUGAAAAUGUAUUAACCAGGUUUAUUUAAUGAUACGGUAUUGAUCAUGAUGACAGUCUUCAGUAGUCUAUUACAAGUAUUAUAUAACAAAUUUUUCUGUAAUGUAUUUUAACAGUACUGUGUUCCACAUUGUGUUAAAGAGAAUCUCACUUUUGUUACAAAUGAAAAGUUGGGCAUUUAAAGUAUUAUUGUUAUUUCUAGGGAUUCCUAUUUAUAACUGCCUUCAAUAGUGCUAUUAAAGUCAGUAAUCAGAAA